AUUGACUAUUCCAUUAUACCACAAAAAGUGGAACCCAAAACACUUUUACUUAGACCCAAAGCCAAGAACCAGAUUAGAAUCAUAUCAAUUCCUUCUAUAUUCAACCUUGAGAAAUAAAAUAAUCUUAAACUCAUAACAUUUCUUGUAAAUCCACGUGACAUUUCCCACUUAGCCACCUCAACAACACAUUAUUUUAAGUUCUAUUAUGUUCUUCAUUUUCCCAUUCUUAUUCAAUCAUCAAAAAUCCAAAAAAAAAAAAAACUGGUAAAUUCUUUCAACCCCACAUAACAUUUCCACCUACACACCCCAAAAAUACAAUCUUUAGCUAUACCCAUCUGAAAAAAAGUUUAGAUUUUUAUUAGUUCUUCAUAAUCUCCCAGUUCUAUUAAAAAAAAAAAACCUAAACCAUAACAUAUUCUUGUAAAUCCUCACAACCCCACUUGAAAUUUCCACUUAUAAACCUCAAAAAGGCAAAAUCUCCUUACCUACCCAUAUAAAUAUUACAGAUUUCUAAUAGUUCUACUUACAUUCUUGAAUUUUUUCCACUUUCAUUCAAUCUUGAAAAUCACAUAUUCUUGUAAAUUAUUACAACCCCACUUGAUGAUUUCCACUCACAAACCUCUCAAAAACACAAUCUUUUUACAUACCCAUAUUUAUAUUACAGAUUUUUAAUAGUUCUACUUACAUUCUUGAAUUUUUUCCACUUUCAUUCAAUCUUGAAAAUCACAUAUUCUUGUAAAUUAUUACAACCCCACUUGAUAAUUUCCACUUACAAACCUCAAAAACACAAUCUUUAGUAAAAAAAUUACAUAUUUUUAGCAGUUCUUGGUUUUCAUUUUACACAUUUUAAGCUUUAAUUAAUGUCAGUUGCUUGUGGAUUUGAAUGUGUAGUUGUGUUAGGAUGUAUGCGUUGGGUAUGGAAACGUUGUACUUACAUAGGUAAUGAUGACAGUGCCACGUGGCCUCCAGCAACCUACGAUGAAUUUGAACCUAUUCCUCGUCUUUGUCAUACAAUUCUAGCUGUUUAUGAAGAUGACCUUCAUAACCCAAAAUUCACACCUGAAGGAGGCUAUAAGAUUAAUCCUGACUGGGCUGUGAAACGUGUUGCAUAUCAAGAAACACUUGGUAAUGCUCCACCUUAUUUGAUUUACCUUGAUCAUGACCACCAUGAGAUUGUUGUAGCCAUUAGGGGUUUAAAUUUGGUUAAAGAAAGUGAUUAUAAAUGCUUGAUGGAUAAUAAGCUUGGGAAACAGAUGUUUGAUGGAGGGUAUGUGCAUCAUGGUUUGUUGAAGGCAGCAAUUUGGAUGUUAAAUAGAGAAUCUGAGACUUUAAAAAGGCUUUGGGUUGAGAAUGGGAAGAGUUACAAGAUGAUCUUUGUUGGGCAUUCUUUGGGUUCUGGAGUUGCAUCUUUGUUGACUAUAAUUGUGGCGAAUCACCGGGAUAGAUUAGGGGGUAUCCCGAGGAGUUUAAUCAGUUGCUAUGCUGUUGCUCCUGCUAGGUGUAUGUCUCUCAACUUGGCUGUUAAAUAUGCUGAUGUUAUACACUCAGUGGUUUUGCAGGAUGAUUUCUUACCAAGAACACCCACCCCACUGGAAGAUAUAUUCAAAACUGUCUUCUGUUUACCGUGCUUGUUAUUUUUGGUGUGCUUGAGAGAUACCUUCAUACCUGAAGGUAGGAAGCUUAGAGAUCCAAGAAGAUUAUAUGCACCUGGUCGAAUGUAUCAUGUUGUUGAAAGAAAAUUUUGCAGAUGUGGGAGAUUCCCUCCAGAUGUUAGAACUGCUAUCCCAGUUGAUGGAAGAUUUGAACAUAUUGUGCUGUCCUGCAAUGCAACAUCGGAUCAUGCAAUUAUUUGGAUACAAAGAGAAUCAGAAAAGGCAUUAGCCAGACUCAAGGAGGCUAGUUCUGAGGCACCGACGACCCCACCGCCAGUGCAGAAAAUUGAAAGGCAGCACACACUAGAAAAAGAACACAAAAAGGCACUAGAAAGAGCUGUUACUUUAAAAAUUCCACAUGCGGUGCCAAAAGAUGCAGAGGAGGAACCCUUAGUGCAUAAAGAGGAAGAAUCAGCACGAGGAGUAACAGAGGCGGCUUCUCUCAUAAAAGGCGAAGAAGAUGCAUCCACAGGUACGGGCCAUUCCGCUGAUGCAAGAACUAACUGGAAUGAAGUAGUUGAAAAACUUUUCACGAGAGACGAAACAGGGAAGUUAACAUUGAACAAAGAAGCAAGUGGUGAAUAACGACGCUUUCUUAAUGCUUUCUCUGUUAUUUUCUUCAAAUUUUUGUGAUACUUGAAGCAAAGUAUUAUUAUUCAUGUUUCCACAAUUUUUUGUAUCCAUUGCUCAUGUACAUUUUUCUUUUGUAAAGCAAUAUCUUAAAUAGAAUGUACAAUUCUAAAGCCCCAGAUAGAGGGGAAUAGAAACAGAAGCAGAAACAAAUGAUGAUUGGUUGUAAUUGCA